CCCCAAGCCAAAAGGGAGAAACGAAACAGCACGAUUGAGAAUUUCCGGAUUUUUUUUUCUGCUUUGUGAAAAGAAAAAAUAUAUAUAAAUAUGGACAGGGACGACGACAUUGAUGCUUACUUUAAAGACGAUGGUUCAAAAAUACGUUCCUUGGAUUUGCCAGUUCUUAAAAAAAUAAUGCCUUUAUUGGAACAUAGGCACAAAAAAGAUUCUGAAAUCUUUGAAAAACUUGUAAACAACAGUAACCAACUGCGCCAAACUUUGGGCAGCUUAGAAAUAGAUAACAACCAGCUAGACAAAUCAGUGAAAAAAAAGUACCAAAUAUACGAGGAACUUGAAAUCAGAGGUACCAAAGCUGAAAGAAAACUUAACAAAAUCAAGGUGAUGUGUCCAAUAUAUGAAACCAAAAUGAACAAGUUUCUGGAUGAGCUUUCUGGAAAAGACGAGCCCAAGAUUAAAAAAGGUACAGGUGAUGAAUCAACCACUCCAACAAGCAGCUGGCUUCAGUUGGAAGAAACCUUAAUCAAGAGGAAAAAAGAUCUAGAGGGUUCAGCUAAAGUAAAUCAAGAGAAAAUUGAUAAGUUUGUCGAGAAAUACUUGAAUUAAAUUUAAUUAGGCAUAACUUAUUAUCUAUAGGGUGGCACUAUGAUUUAUUCAAUAAAUGUCAGUUUUUCAAAUUUUAUUUUAUUUUUGGACUUUCAAACAUUUGGUUCUCUAAGUUUGGAAAUACAUGUUCACAUUUUGAAUAUAUUUUCUAGCUUCCACUUCGACCUGAGCCUGAGGUGCUCGCAGAGCGCAUAUAGGCAGAACGUACAAUGGCUAAGCAAUAGGCGUUUAAAGUCUAGCACUGAUUGGCUAUUGCUAAUGUGGUGCACUAAAAUGCCCGCACCAUUUACCUGCAAUCGUCAUAUGGCAAAUACCGAGAUUAGAUUCAGGCAUAAUAUAAAAACAGCAUAAUUUAUAAGUGAGAGCAAAGGUGAGAGAUAUCAAGCAAAUUGAAUCAAUAAUGCAAACUUCUCUGACUAACCCGUCUGCCUAGUGCUAUUUUGGUCCUCGUAAGUUAGCAUUUUAUUUAAAAAACAAAGCCCGCUUGAGGAACGUUACGCAUAAGACUGAAUUAACUUUUUUUUUUAAAUAAAAUAGUAACUUAUAAGUACUACACCUUUUCCAUAUGUAUUUCAGAGAUCGUCAGUUUAAUUUCAGAAAGCGUCAAUUGCAAUUAAGAUUAGUAAAUUGUAAUUUGGAAAGCAUCAAUUGUAUUUCAGAUUAGUUAAUUAUAUUUGAGAAAUAGUCAAUUGUAUUUCAGAUUAGUUUAUUUUAUUUCAGAAAGUGUCAAUUGUAUUUCAGAUUAGAUAGUUUUAUAUCGGAAAGCGUCAAUUGUAUUUCAGAUUAGUUCAUUGUAGUUCAGAAAACGUAAAUUAUAUUUCAGAAAUUAUCAGAUGUAGUUCAGAAAUCAUCAGGUAUCUACGCAGAUUUUCCCAAAUCAACACAAGAUAGGUGUAUAGGUGACUCAUUAUAAAUUUUAUUUAAUACACUACAUUGAUAAUAUCUGAAAUACAUUUGACGAAUUCUGAAAUACAAUUUACAAUUUCUGAUCUACAAAUAAAUAAUCUGAAACACAAAUGACGAUUUCUGAAAUACAAGUGACCAAACUGAAAUACAAAUGACUUUUUCUGAAAUAUAAUUGACCAAUCUGAAACACAAAUGAUAUUUUCUGAACUACAACUGACAAAGUUGAAAUACAAAUAACACUUUCUGAAAUUGAACUAACACAACUGUAAUACAAUUGAUGCAUUCUGAACUAGAAUUGAUGAAUCUGAAAUACAAGUAAUACAUUCUGAAAUACUUAUGGAAAAGGUGUAGAUCCUAGACUAUAUUGCACUCAGCCGAUGGGUUAGUUUGGGCAAGUCUGUAUUUUCUCGAUUAUUAUCAGACGGAUAUGAACGUUUUUAAAACGUGCCUUCUGGUUUAUAUGCUUUGUAAAUUAUUUAAUACAGGGUUUAUCCAACUUUUGCUUAAGUAGGUACACGGUACACCUAGGACAUUUUCAGCCAAAUUUCUUUUUCGUUUCGGUCUCACUUGUCCGAUCAGCAAUAUCCAAUCCAAUCAGCGCUAGGUUUUAAAGACUUAGUGCUAGUCCGCUAUAUGUGUUUGCCUUAAGGGUGCUGGCAAAAGGUACACCGUAUCAGCAAUAGCCAAUCAGCGCUGGACUUUAAACGCCUAUUGCUAAGCCGUUGUACAUUCUCUCUAUAUGCAUCCAGAGCAUUUCACAUUAAUCUUUUGUUUAAAUUUUAGGUAGGUAUGUUUGGUUGGGAACCAACUCGGACUAGACGCAGUUGAGUUGGUGCAGAACC